AAUGUUAAUAUCUUAUUUUAAUACAUAGGUAAUAUAUUAUUAAUUAUCUUCAGCUCAACUUGAAGUAUGUGUAUGUGUUGAUUGAAACGUCAGUAUCAGAGCAGAGCCAUGUCAGAGACGAUAAACAAAAAAUUGUAAUAUUAUAUUUCCUUGUGGCUUGUGAAUGGAAUUUAUAAUUGUGAAAUUUACCUUUCAUUAUUUGAAACAUUUAUAUGUCGUCAUUGAAAAAUUAUACAAAUUGGUGUACAACUAGUGUUUCACAACAGUUGGUUAUAUUAUAAUACGUAGUUUUAGAAAUAUUCCCACAAAUGGAUUCAAAUGACUUAGAUAACUCGACAACUUUGGAUGAAGAAGAAAUUGAAAUUGAUCCGAUUCAUGAUAUCAUCGAUUAUUUAGUUAGGUGCGCUAAAAUAUCUUUUAAAAAUGCGCACGUUAAUGAAUCAGAAGUUCGAACAAGUGAAACGAUAAAAAUGGCUUGCGAUCUAUACAAACGUUCCCCGACGGAGUUUUUAUUGCAGUUCGGCAAAUAUCUUGCUCCACAGCACAUUGGAUAUUUUGAAAAUUUACAAUCUACUGCUGAUAGUAGUUUUCGGGAGUGUAUCAAAGAAUUAAUAUCUUACCAUUCAGAAACAAGUAGACGUAAAAGAGUGAGAAAUAGGCGGUAUAAUGCAUUACGGAAACUUCAGAAUGAGACAGAUUACUUCAGUGAAAAACAAAUGAUGUAUCGAAAUCCCCUACUUUAUGAACAGCUUGUUGGCCAGUAUCUGACUGAUCAAGAGAUUAAAGACCGUGAUGGUGUUGACAAUGAUAACCUCACCUUCCUGAGUAUGAUAUUAGAAACUGUUGACCGAAACGAAAUGAGAGAAAUGAAGAAUGAGCAGUUACUAGAGGAGCAAGAGGGAACAAUUCAAACAGUCACCAAAGAUGAUUCAGAAAGCAACGAUAGUGAGGAAUUUAGACAAAAAAAGCAGUGGGGUGACUUUGAUAAACCAGACACAAGACCCAGUUACAUGCCAGAGCCUAGAAAACAGAGUAUGAUUUCUGCAACUGAAAGAAACUUGUUAAGAGAAGAAUUUUUACAAGAGAUGUACAGUUGUUUUAUAGAGGGCAGGGACAAUGAUGUUGAUUACCAUAGCAUAGACAAUGAUGAGCAAUAUGAUGACCUACAGCAAGUAUCACAAGAUGCCGAGGACCGAUACUUUGACUCAGAAUCCAAUGAGAUAGAAAAUCUAGAGGAACACAUGAAAUUGGUCCAAAUGUAUGGAAAAAAGAAUUCUGACACCAAUAUUAAUGAAGAUCCUUUAGAUGUAUUUAUGGAGCAUAUUUCUAAUAAACAUGUUAUUAGUUAGAAAAA